AUGAAGAUCAUUAUUCUCUUUUGCAUCAUCACCUUGACAUGUGUUUUUUUUGGAAAUGUUGUUUCAAAUGAUAAUCAUCUCCCAUACAAAGCUAUCUUCAACUUUGGUGACUCUAUAAGUGACACUGGAAAUGCUAUGAAGAGUUUUGGUCCCAUGCCUAGCAAUAGUCCUUAUGGCUCAACAUACUUCAAACAUCCAGCUGGGCGUUUGUCGAAUGGACGACUGAUCAUCGAUUUUAUUGCUGGGGCAUAUGGAUUGCCAUUUUUGCCUGCCUUACAUAAUCUCACCAAAGAUCAAGACAUUAUGAAAGGAGUGAAUUUUGCAUUUGCUGGUUCUAGUGCACUUGAAUAUAAGUUUUUCGCGCAACAUGCAGUCACGCCACCAGGGACAAAUAACUCGUUAAGUGUUCAACUUGGUUGGUUUAAGGAGCUAAAACCAUCCCUCUGUAAAAGCAAAAAAGCGUGUGAUCGCUACUUCAAAAAAUCAUUGUUUUUUGUUGGAGAGAUCGGUGGAAAUGAUAUUUUGUCUUAUGUUCUCACAAAUAAACCCGUUACAGAAAUUCGAGAAAUCGUGCCCUUAAUGGUUGAAGCAAUUGCAAAUACUACCUCAGUAUCUCCCAUUAAAGAAGGAGUGACAGAGCUAGUGAUUCCUGGUAACUUUCCAAUAGGGUGUAAUGCUGCUUUUUUAUCAAUUGUGGAUAGUAAGAAAAAAGAAGACUAUGAUGAACUUGGGUGCUUGAUACCCUACAAUACUUUAGUGGAAUACUUUAAUGAACAACUCAAAUGUGCUAUAGACACAUUACGACAAAAUAAUCCUCAAGCUCAGAUAAUAUAUUUUGACUACUACAAUGAUGCUAAACGUUUAUAUCAAGCACCGCAAAAAUAUGGGUUUACUUCUGACAAGAACGAGAUUUUGAAAGCAUGUUGUGGAUCAAAUGCACCAUACAAUGUCGAUGUAAAGAAACCAUGUGGAACUACUGGUACGACGGUUUGUUCAGACCCUUCAAAACAAAUAAAUUGGGAUGGAGCACACUUAACAGAAGCAGCUUAUAGAAUGAUUGCAAAGGGAUUAGUUGAAGGCCCUUUUGCAAACCCUUCUCUUAAAACUCCUCCUUUCAAGAUAGCUUAA